AGCCGAAAGACUUGAGCCGUAAUGGGUGGUGGCCGGAGUAGCAGCAGCAGCAGCGGAGAAGAAGACGGUGAUGCUGAUUGGAGAGCCGCCAUAGAUUCUCUCGCCGCCACCACAGCCUUUAGCAGCUCCGCCGCCGUCAACGGCGGCCUUCAUUCGGGUACCCGUGAAUAUGAAACAGACACUCCGAAACCUCAAAACCUUAAGCACUACCAAAUCAAGGCCCAGAAGCUUUUGGAGGACAUUAUAGAGAAGACUAUAGAAGUAGUAAGCGACACAGGCGAUGUAAUGCUUGAAGAGCCUAUCAGGAGCAGUGAAGGUGGAAUUAGGCUGUUUAAGCAUGCUCCUGCUGGGAUAGUGUUUGACCACACAAAUGAACUUAAUAAAUCGCGAAAGAAGCCAAGAAUUCUUCCUGUUCCAGAAAUUGAUGAGAGAUCAAAGGAGUUUAGACACCAGAUCAAAUCUGUUGCAGUUGAUGGGACAGACAUAAUGGCUGCAGCUAAAGAUUCCUCUCAGAAAUCUUUGGCUAAGCUGGAAGCAAAAGACGCUGCUGCCAAAGCAGCUAAACAAAGAGAGGAAGAACGUGUUGCAGAGCUAAAAAGAAUAAGAGGCGAGAGAUGGCUGCCUUCUAUUGCUCGAGAUAUGCAGCAGCUAAAUCGCAAAAGAAGUUGAUCCACUGAUGGUGGGCUCUUCCUGCUAAACUAAAUUUGUCCUUAGAAUGUGCAUUUUGCUUGCUCUGUGUAUUCUGCAGUAUUUUACCAAUUUGUUACACUAAUUCAAGAAACAAAAGGUAUGCAUUUGUCAUAUGCAGUGAAAUGAGAUUGAUUACUCGAA